AUGGCUCUCGCUACAGAUAGUACACAGCGGCCACAACCCAGGCAGUCAGCACAUGGCUGGUCCGGCGGUAGCUUCACCCCCUGCUGUGACACGCUGGGUGACACUUCCUGGGCGGCUCUGAUCAGCAACGUCGGCCACGUACAAGCCCCUUCACCUCCCACAGAUGGCUGCUUCGCCAUGGGCCUUGGCUCCGAAACGCCCGGCGUGCCCUUUCAGCAGCCAUACUACGACAUGGCACCCUUUGACACUCUCGUCCCCUUGUGGCUUUCCACCACAGCUCUCGACGACGCUGCACCUACCACAACCUCUCGGCCAUCACCCCCGAGCACCGGUCCUGCCACAUUUCCCGACUCUACUGCCAGCCCGCUGACGCAGACCAUUCCUGAGGAGACUACUCUUGAGCCUUCGUCGCCAAGUGCGCCUGGGUGGACCACCCACCACGAACUUGAUCAACAGCAUGGCGAGAUCUCGCAAGUCUCGGGCCCAGAAAGAGAACACAGCGCAGGCUCCACAUGUGACACAGUGUCGACAGAUGCAACGGCAAGUUCCGCCGCACAGUCUGAGCGGUCAUGUACAACGGCCGCCGCCGCCGCAGCCCGCACCGCGGCCCGGGUAGGCAGGAGGAACAAGAAAAGGCGGGUACGCGAGAAGAACCGGACAGCCGCGGCCAAGUACCGCAGUAAGACAAAGGGCGAAGUCGCAGAGCUCGAGGAGACGGAGCAGCAGCUCGCGCAGAAGAACUGCAUCCUGAGCGCCCACGUCGAGUACCUGCGCUACGAGAUCCUCGCUCUCAAGACCGAGAUCCUCCGGCAUGGCGCUUGCGAGAGCCGGCUCAUCCGGGGUUACAUCAUGGAGAGGGCCAGGCAGCUGGGUCUGGAUUAG